AUGCCGAAACAGGUCCGUCGCUCCUUUGACGCGUGCUGGACGUGCCGCAGCCGGAGAGUGGCGUGCGAUGCAGCCUUACCUGUUUGCACGCCUUGCCGGAGACGCUCUCUCAAUUGUGGAGGAUAUAGUAUCCGCCUGGUUUGGGUUGAUAUCGAGAGGGGCUUAUAUCAGACUCACUCACGGCGCACACUAGAUCCAAUUUUAACAUGGGCGGGACAAAAUCCAUACACCGCAGCCCAAAUACAACACUUGGCUGAUGUGGACCCCGAGGAUGUAUACUGCGAAUGCACCUUACACGCAGCUACGUCCAAUCCAUUCCGUAUCCUCAUACAUUCCGAUGGUCGACUCGAACCAGCUACGGCGGAUUCCCCAGACACCAUAACCAAUGACGCAGACAUGGUGGACUUGCCCCCCACGCCAACUACACAACUUCUAUCACGGGAUCGGCCCUGGACAGAAGCCCGGCUGUUUCACCACUAUGUAGAUCAAGUCGCAUUCCUCAUGAUGCCGGUUGACAUGAAAGCCAAUCCCUGGCGCUGUGUUUAUGCAUCAAUAGCAACUCACCAUUCUUCUCAUGCUAGCAGAAGUCUAUAUCACGCUCUCCUUGCACUAUCAGCUUUUCAUCUAUCUGUUCUACACUCUGACAGAUGUGAUGUAGCAAAUGAAUAUAAGCUGCAGGCAAUGAAGCACUAUUGCUCUGCCCUCGGGUCCUUGCGCACUAGUCUUGAUCAACAGGUGGAUGAAUUUAUUGCUUGCGCAGCUGUGCUUCUCACGCUAGCACAAAUUGACGGGUGUUAUGCGCCCGAACUUGGCAGCUGGCGGAAACACUUCCAGGGCGUUAUAGGACUACUUACUCAAUUUGUGCAGGAAAGUCCUUGGGUUUCGUCAUCUGAUGCCUGGGUGAUAUCACAGAGUCUGUCUCUCUCCUCUGAGAUAGCGCGCAGUGGCUCAGGAAGCUCUUUCGGCUACUCCCAAAUCAAUGAUACACUUCUAGGGUCUGUUUCGCAAGUGUCACAGUUUGGCUACACAAUUGGUGCGAGUGGCAAUGUGAUCCAGGCAAUUUCAAAAAUUCGUUGGCUUGCGGAAGGCCUGUCACGCGGUGAAUCACUGGUCGAUAUUGACAUUCAAUCUGGAAAGAUUCUCAGUGAACUUUACACCUCAGGAUCAGACUGUGUGAGAUCGCAAGCCUUGGAGAAUCGCCAAGAGUAUCUCAGCAACUUACACCGUCGCAUCUUUCGUAAUGCCACCAUUAUUUACCUGUAUCGCACAGUUUACGACGUCACACCCUGUGCUAUACAAGAUCGUGUAUCAGAAGUUCUUCAUGAUACAAUAGAUUUCCUUAAUAUGAAGGGUGGCAGCAUUUCGAUAUGGCCCGUCUUCAUUGCUGCCGUGGAGGCAUGCACAGAACAGGGAAGAGAGAUGGCGAGACGGUGGUUGGAUUACUCCUGUAAAUUGGGAAUCAGAAAUCGUCAUUCAGCGCGCCAUAUCAUACAGGAAGUCUGGAAGCAACGCGAUGAGGAAGCAAUGUUGAAGCACGCCCAAUCUGGAGAUAUCGCUGUUGAUUGGCGGCAGGUCCAGUCUUGGCUCGGUAUUGACAUUCUUCUACUUUAA